AUGGGGGUGAGAAGCAGCAAGCUGAGCCAGUUCAUCGGCGCUCGAGGAGCUAAAAGACUGAAAUUCCCUCCUCCGGUGGCACCAAGAGGUUAUGUGCCUGUUUGUGUCGGUGUGGAUGGUGAUACUAGGCGUUUCAUGGUGCAUACCAAGUUGCUUGGCCAUGCAGAGUUUUUGGAGCUGCUUUACAGAUCAGCUGAGGAAUAUGGUUUUUGCAAUGAUGGGGUUUUGAGGAUCCCAUAUGAGGCCAAGGAUUUUGAGGAGUAUUGGAUGAUCAAGAGGUCCAAACCCAAGAUCUACAAGGUUGAGCCAGUUUAA